GAAUAUUAACCCCUCCCGAUCUGUAUUAAAGCCCCACCCCUCAACACUAACCUGUCCUGGUCUGUUUUAAAGCCCCUCCUCUUUCACAGCCUAUCCUGAGUUUACAGUGUGAAGCAGAAAAAACAAAUGGCACAUUUUAGAUGAAUUAACUGAUCAUUAUUCGCUGACACUAAGUGUGUGGAGAAAGACUGGUAGUGGGAACAAACGACACACAGCCUGAGAGAAAAACAGACUGUAUAACACAGAUAGUCUGUUACUCUCACCUCAGUCUUUCUGACCUAUAAUGAGGGCAGUGAUGGAGACACAAACUCAACAGCUCAGAGGACAGAGAGCAGGAGGAGGAGAAGGAGAGAGAGAAAAAGGAGGGGAGAGGAGGGUCAUGGUGAAGGAGGAGGAGUGUAUGUUUAGAGUCUCUGGGCUGCUAGGCUCGUUUCACUCACACUGCAGAAAUAAAGAGACAAACGGAUCAACCAAUAAAACAAGUAAAGCACUUUCAAACACACUUAAUGCACCCAAAUCACUGAAUGUACGUAAAAGAGCGAAUAUUGCGAGGAUCCAGCGCAGUUUUCAGCUGCAGCAGCAGCAAAGGGGGAAUGGAGCUAAUUAGCCGGAGACAAGCGGACUGCCUUUAUUCUCCGAUUUAAACACGUCCACACAGCGGGAUUACAGCAUGGGAUUUUACUGUUUUACCGCUGGGAGAGGCUAACGCAGACGGUUCAACCGUGUCCUUCAGUGUUAAUGUCGACGGACGUAGCUGCUGUAAUGCUGCCGGUUAGCCGGGGGAUGGUGGAUGUUGACCCUGCAGCUGCUGGACACACAACCAGCCCUGUUGGAGCAAUACGAGGGCUGAAGAGAGGUGACCCGGAGCCAGACACACAUAAACACACUCUUGUGCACGCACCAGCUGCUGGGGCCGAGAUGGCUGGGGCGGAGUGUAAACGGCCAAGGAUGGAUGGAGCCGGAGAAAUCGGACACGAUUCUUCAGGUGUACAAGAUGGGCAGGUAGCCCCACCCCCCUCGUUCAGCCUGACCUCCUCCCAGAACGGUGUGAGUACUGUGCCGCUGUCAGGGGUAGAGUUUGGAGCACCGGCAGGAGUGGAGCCAAGACCACCAGCCAAUGGCAGCACACCCCCCACCAGCACACCUCAGGCAGACGGCUCAUCUCAGGUUGAGGGUGGGGCUCAGUGCAGUGGGAGUGGCACAGGGGCUGAGGGGCCAGAGUCUAAAAUGACACCAAAGCGACUGCAUGUGUCUAACAUUCCUUUCCGCUUCCGGGAUCCGGACCUGCGACAGAUGUUUGGGCAAUUUGGGAAGAUCCUGGAUGUGGAGAUCAUCUUUAAUGAGAGAGGAUCCAAGGGUUUUGGGUUUGUGACGUUUGAGUCAAAUACAGAUGCAGAGAAAGCUCGAGAACGCCUCCACGGGACUAUGGUGGAGGGGAGGAAGAUCGAGGUAAAUAAUGCCACAGCCAGAGUGAUGACUAACAAGAAGAUGGUCACACCUUACUCCAACGGAGACACUCUCAGCACACUGCCCUAUGGGUGGAAGCUGAGUCCAGUAGUGGGGGCUGUCUACGGACCAGAUCUGUACACAGUGUCGUGUAUCAGGAUGGCUUCUAUGGAGCUGCAGAUUUAUAUGGGAGUUAUGCUGCUUAUCGCUAUGCACAGCCAGCUGCGGUUACCGGGGCAACAGCAGCUGCAGCAGCAGCUGCCUACAGUGACAGUUAUGGGCGAGUUUACGCUGCAGACCCGUACCACACACUCGCACCUGCUGCUGCUGCUGCUGCUGCUUAUGGAGUAGGAGCCAUGGCUGGUCUUUACAGGGGAGGGUACAGCAGGUUUGCCCCAUAUUGAUUAUCAAUUACUGAUUGACAGCCAUUCUUCCUUCUUCUUUGUCUCUGGAUCUUUAUCUGUGGUCCAUAGCACAGCUAGCCUCACUGUUACCAUGGAAACAACAUCCUGAACCAUUUCCAAAACUUGGUGGAGGAUGCCAAGCCUGAAGGCAGGGGAUAAAUUCUCAAUGUUUUAUGGGAAAGAAAGUUCUGCUGCUUCGCGUUUUCCACUACAGCUGUGCUUUGAGGAGAAAGACUAAACCUACUUUUCAUUUCACCUGUACAGAACACAUACAUACAUUACACUACAUUCAAAUAUACACUCUGAACAGCAGAGAAGGGUACAGUAUCCUUAAUGCAUGCUGCAAUAAAAAGUGUCAGUAAAAUCCAAAAAAUGAAAAGACGCAAGUAGAAAAGUAGCUAGGCAAAAACUUGAGUUAAAAGGCACCAGGUACAACUGCAAUGGAACUUUUUUAGUACAUCCAGCAUCUAUCAGCAUAGGAACUAGUCUCACAGUACCAGACAUGAUCUCGUAAAGAGAACGUAGGGGACAGCCAUGAGAAAUUAUGGGCUAAAUGUGGUAGGAAUUUAGACUUAGUUGGGUGAUAAAUUUCUAAACCCAGUCUAAACUGUUUUAGUUUAAGAUUUCCUUCCCUAGGAUAGUAAGUGCCACUGUGCGUCCUGCGGUUUGGCUGGGAGUUGUAAUUGGUUGGUAUGUUUAAUAUGAUGAUAUGUUUAGUAUGUUUAAUUAGAUAUGGCCAAGUUAAAAAAAAACUGUCUAAAUUGAGUAGAAAUACAACUUCUUGUAUUUUUCUGUGGCCUAUUUAGUGCCCCCUGAUGCCCCCAGUUUGAGAACCUAUGUUCUAAACCAAUCCAAAACCUUGUGAAAGUGCACCUCAAAGUAGGGGCCAAUGGUGCACUUUCUGACAACAAGCCUGUCGUUAACCCAUGGAUGUAACGUAAAAGUACCCCAAGAAACUCCAGUUAAUCAUGUAGAUGUAUGAUGCGUGUGUGGAGACCACAUUACAUGCAGUAAAAAUAAAUAUUACCUCUUGCAGGUAAAAACAGUUACACCUGCAUUCUGCUAGCUGGAUUGCUUUGCCUAUGUUAAUUGAUUGUACUCUAGUUGUUAAGAGCAUGGACUGGAGGAAUUUGGUGGCAGGAUUUAGAAGGGGCAUACCCCCUCCAUCAAACACCAGAUGUUCAAUAAGUUGUCCACAGAUGUGUUUGUCAUUACAAGAUCACUUCCGGCCCCAAAACUACAUAGGAAGUAAAGUUAAGUGUUAUUCCUCCCUGUUUUAGAUCCUUUUGGUCUUGUGGCCUGCUAUUUAACUGACGUCAAAAACAGAAUAGGUAAUUAGAAUAGCAGGGGGCAGAUUCAAUUCCUGGAGAUGCCACAAACAUCCAGGGCCAGUAGAGAUGAUAAUUGACCUUGCUGUCCCUCCCCCAUCAAUGAGCGCAGUGCUAACCAACAUAGGCAUCUGUUUGCUGUUAUUACAAAGCAUGUUGAGUUGUCCAAUGAUGUGUUAGCAGCAGUUUAAAAAAUGUGGUUACUGGCUUAACAUGUCUCAAAGGAAGCAUGUGCUAGCCUUCACCCACCCAUUGCACGUGCAUUGUGUGAUGGGUUGAGACCUAGCUAACUAGCCAUGAUUAAACUGGGGUAAAAACUAGGUGAAUGAAAAUAAAGAAACAAUCACAUUUUAACCAAAUGUAGACAGAUAUCUAUCUGUUGUCUUUACUCAGUUGCACGCCGUCUUCUGCAAAGUAAUUGUGCCUCCUUUAAAAAAAAAUAAAAACACAGGUAGUUCAGGUUAGUAAAUUGCUCCAGGUUGUUCAUUUGCAUAGUCACCUAUAAGCUUGAAUAUUUUAUUAUUACAAAAUUGGAAUUAUCAAUAACCUCGUCUCCCCAUUGGAAAUGCAACUUUGACCUACUUUCUGUGCUAUAUUUAGAUUAUAUGCCUUUUUAACAUGAACUGACAUAAUGAAAAACAUUUUAAUGCUUUCUUUCUUGUCUUUAAAUGGUAAAAACUAAAUCAACGUGCAUGCUAAUACUGCUCCCUACUGGAGAAACCCCGACAUCUACACAUGCUCAAAAUGAGUUCCAAAGCCAUGUGCUCUUAAAUAAUUAAAAAAUGGAGGCACUGGAAUUCAUCUAUACAUGGAAAGACUAUGGAGUAUUAUAUUUUAGUAAUGUUACAACACAUCCAAACCAUUAGGACUCUUGAGCUAUAUGGAAAAUGCUGAGAAUUUUCCUCGGAAUGUAUGUUGCACAGAGACACUGAGGAAUUUACUCACUGCUUACUUUAACGCUGAAAUAAUUUGUUGUUUUAACAGUAAAAGGGAGUUAAACAUUAUGUCUAUAUGUUAUUUAAUAUUACACUAUAUGGCCAAAAAAUUUGGACACCCCUCUUAAUCUUUGAGUUCAAGUGUUUCAGCCACAAUCAUUGCUAACAAGUGUAUAAAAUCAAGCACAUAGAAAUGCAGUCUUAACAGAUCUUAUAUAAAUGUUAUUAUUAUUGUGAAAUGGAGGCAUUUAGGAGAAACAACAGCUCAGCCAUAAAAUGGUAGACCACACAAACUUGCAGAGCUGAAGCAUGAAGCGUGUAAAAAUUGCCUGUCCUCUCUUGCAUCAUCUGCUACAGAGUUCCAAACUGCCUCUGGAAGCAAAACCAGCACAAGAACUGUGCUUCGGAAGCUUCAUAAUAUGGAUUUUCAUGGCAGAGCAGCUGCAUGCAAGCCUAAAGUCACAAUUUGCAAUGUCAGGUGUAGGCUGGAGAGAUGUAAAGCUUGCUGCCACUGGACUCUGAAACAGUGGAAAUGAAACACGCUUUCGUGUUUGGUAUGAUUCGUCUGAUGGACAAAUCUGGGUUUGGCGGAUGCCAUGAGAACACUACCUACCAGAAUGGAGGACAGUUUGUUUUUCAGGGUUUAGGCUCAGCCCUGAAGUUCCAUUAAAGGGUAAUGAUGAUACCAAGGGCACAAAUUUCCACAGACACUACAAAAUCAUGUGGAAGCCUUCCCAGAAGAGUGGAGACUGCUUUAGCCACAAAGGGGGCAACUCCAUUCUCCAUAAUGCCCAUGGGUUUUGGAACGAACAGUCCAAUAAGCUCAUAUAAGUGUGAUAGUCAGGUGUCUGCAUACUUUUGGCCAUAUAAUGUAUUUAACAGGCUGUGUAAAAUGAAAUUCGUGUCUGUCAGUUCUCUUUAACUAAAAGGCUAUUUCCCUUUAAAGCACCAUUAUCACUUUAUUUGUCAAUCAUCACCUAUAUCUGAUUACAUCACCCUAUUGCCCAGGCCAAGUCAGAUCCCCUAUUUUUUGUGUCUCAAAAGUGCCACUCCUUGAUAAUGCAUAUUCAUGUCAAGUCAGGCGUGCUAAAACCUACACUUCAGUGAUGACCUUGUGUAACUGCCCAAAAAUAUAUGCAUAUACACUACAGCAGUCUUCUGUCCAUUUAACUUGUAUAAACAUGCACACCCGCAUGGUUCUUAACCCCACUGCGUUCUUGUGAGUGUUUUUUUCCCUGAUGUUGUUUUUGCAUUUUUAUUAACCAUGUGGAUCCUCGAACCCUAAAGAGCCACCCAUGGUUGCUCCAGUAACGGAGCUUCCCAGGAUACAUUACAGACAACUGCGCAGCACAAACACAUGCAUGAAUGCCUUUGAAAUGAAUGCUUGGGAGAAACCAAAAGACUGAAUAACUAAAAAACAACAGAGAAGUUGAAUAUUAUUUUUUAAAAGAGAAAAAAAUGUUGAGGAAAUGAAACUAAUUGUGUUUAUUUUUAUUUUUUGCUCUUUGUUACCUCACGUAGCCUUUUUGCUCUGGAUAAUGUAACGUGAAUAGUAAUGGUGUAGUUAUAUAAUUCUGCCUAUUGUUACUGUUAUUGUUAUCAUUGCUUUAUAUAGUAUUAUCCACUUAAGUCUUUACUUCUUAAGUCUUUACGAUUUUAGGUAUGAAUGCUCUUUACUGUUGUUGUACCUGCACAAGCGUCUAUGUACCUUUAUUAUUCAAUUUUGUUAUCUAGACUAAAGCUUCUACACGGCCCAGUUACUUCCUUGUCACCUCCCUGACAGUCUCCAUCAGUGGUUCAGUCCAACAGAAAAUUAGAAAGAAUCGCCAUAGGCUGUGUAUGUCAGAAAUGGAGUGAAGCCUGAUGAGUGAGAGUGUUUAUAGGAAGUCACCUCUAAAAGAAUUUGUUUUGAGAUAAACUUCCAAAGUUGCAGUAUAUCACAACACUGCCAAAAUACCAACAGUCCACGGGUGAAAUUACUGCCACUUCAUGUUCAUUUGGACUGCCCCAGCAUUGUUUCCAUUUAAGGCAUGAACAUCAAAAUGGUAAAUAACGCAAUUAAAGAUAAAUGAAACAUGUACUGUUAGGAAAAGAUUACCCCACUUAACCCAGAUUUAGUCAAUCAGCCGAAAAAUGUGUUCAAAUGUUUCUUCUUUAGUUUAGCACUGGAGCUACAAGGUUAAUGUUGCUAGCAAACAAAGUCAAUAGUCACCCAAAUUUCUUCCAUGAAUACAUCCCUAAAACUUAUUUCUACCCAUUCAAACCAUAUUAGGGUCUUCAUUAAGGUCAUGCAGAUAUAUUGAUAUGAUGCAGUAUGAUUUACUGUGAACUAUAAAAAUAAACAAAAGUUCACUGUGUAGAACUGAGCAUCUUAAAAUUUCAAAGUGAAGAUACAAUAAACAGAAACCACCGAAAUUGCAUGCAUGUGCCUGUCUGAUGUGUGUGCAUGGGAAUGGGAUUCAGAUUUCGAUGAAACACCCCUACAUGGUGACGUUUUGUUCAUCUUUAUAGGUCCCAACAAGUCAUAAUGUGUCUCAAAUCACAUUAAAGACCUGGAUGUGGUUUGAGCAAGCUAAAAUAGGUUUUAUAGAUAUAUUUAUGGAAAAGAUUAAGAUAUAGAAACAAAAUUUGGACACCAAACAUGUAUUGACUGAUCAGCUACAUCUGUGGUAAGUGGAAAAUUGUAUAGAGUUGAUUUGUUGUAGACACGCAGCUUCACACCACUACUGUACAUGCAUUAAUAACAUUAGCUAGCUUGCUAAUUCUAUUUAUCAUCAUGUUUGCUCAAUACUAGCACCAGCUAGUGAUUAAUAAGUCUAGCCUAGCUAAUGUUAAGAUAAUUUGCACAGUGUCUCUCCAUGGUUGACCUGCCCAUGAUUACGUUACAACGAUCGCUGCCCUUUAACCUUGAACCAGGAAGGACCGUGAAGAAGAGACAGGUCAUCGGCAUGCUUUACAGUGACUAGGUGGAUGCACGGGAGGGUGUUGGCUUACACAGACCACGUCUGCACAGCCUUCAGCAGUGGACGAUGGAGGCACCUCAGCAGGCAGUGUUUUGUAUUUUGUAUUUGGACUCAAUGCCUUCCUUCCUUUAUACUGCCUCAGUAGGCAGCAUUUGUCCAUUUCAGACUCACCCUGUCCCUGAGCAUGUAAGGGAAGUGAUUAAAACCAUCUCUUACUGCCUUCAUCAGAACCUGUGUGAAGUAGAACUGACUUGUCAGCUCAGAGCAGUUCAGUAGUUGAGUGGCUCGCCCUGCUGGACUCCAACUGUGCUCAGCAGCUUUACUGUGGACAACAACACUUUUGCCUUCAGUCCAGCCUGUCCCGAUCUUUGACACUGACAACUAUUUUAAGCACAAAUACAGCAACAUUCUUCUGUACGGGCCACACACAUUUGGGGGAAUAUUUCAUUUAACAGGAUCUUUUAUUUAGGCAGAUAAGCCAAAGGUCCAACUGUCAGGGCUGUUUGGCGGAAGAGUAAUUCAUAUUGGACGGUUUAGACUUUCAUUACGACUGGGUCUUGCUUCCUGAAAUGCCUCUUGUUUAACUCUGUGUGUAUCUACGAAUUUACUCAGUUAUUAUUGAUAUUAUUACUAUUGCCAUUUGUUUAUUAUUGUUAUUAUUAUUAUAUUAUUUUAUUGUACUUGUUUUGGUUCCAAAGUUUCUUAAAAAGCACAUUUAGGUCACUUGUGGUGGUGUGCAUGCGUUGUUUUAUUUUUCAUGAUUGUGUUUGUUCGUUUGUUUGUUUUUACUAGUAUGCGCAAGAUUAAUCUGUGGCGUGCUGUUGGAGAGUUUGCAUGUUAACUGCAGGAGAUAUGCAUGCUGUGUUUGAGUUCAUCUGCAAAUCAGGCUGAUACCCAGAGUUAUAAUGUCUGGAGGGGACCUAAAGUAAGCUAAUCUUCUCCCUAACCUGUGAACCUUCUCUGCCAUGUAACAUCAGAAUCAGGGGCCAGUCAGAGCCGCCUGUGGAAGACUCCUCUGUAGGUAAAGUGAGCAUUAGCAAAAUGUGUGAUUUCAAUCCAGUUUUUACAGUCUGACAGAAAUAACUGUGUAUUGAAUGAUCUGUAAUUGGCAGAACUCAGGGCUUUCUCAAUAAUAGUAGUCCUGUCUGAAAUGACCUCAAGGAAUUGUAAUACCAAAACCUGGUAAUAGACACAGCCUUGUGCCCUGUUUUUAUUGUUACCGAGUGUGUCGCCUGUUGCAUAAUGCUGAUGUGUACUCUAGGGCUGUUACUUUUCAGUCCAUGCUGUCUGUGGUAAUCUGGUGAAAUUUCUGAAAAAAAAAAACAACUAAGGCCAGUUCAUGUUGAUAGCCAAGCUGUAUUUCAGUAGGGACAUAAAAAUUUGCCAGUCACAUCCCUUGCAAUCUAUGUUACACAAUCUCUCUUGGUAAAUGAAGCUCCAAAAAUUGCUUCCGAUAGUUAAGCUCUUAGAAUGAUAAGAUGAAUGGUGUAAUUAAUACGGCCUGCCUGUAUUCACCUGAUUUGCUCAUUAUUGCUCUUUUUCCCCCCAAAGACAGAGAUGUUAUGGUUGCCAUAAUGUCAGACAUUUCUAAACAGACAGUGAGAAGCCUGCUUGAAAGAGCAAUGUUUGCUUAUUCUCAGUUCUGUCUGGCGUUUUUUUUGUGUGUUGCCUUAAUUUUGCUGAGGCCUGUCCUGUGUUGAGAUGUAAAAUCUUGCGUCCUGAUUUCUUUCAGUUCCCGAUCACCAGGCUGCACUCAGAAUCUUCCAUGAUCCUUUGCUGCAGGGUGUUUUGCAGGGGAACUGACUGAGAGGAUCCAUUUUUACCCACAAUGCUUUGUUUUGUGAUGUAAACGAUAUGUGUUUUUGUCAUUUCAACUGAAUGUACAUAAACUGUUGGUUUGGUUUUUAAA